AUGUCAUCUAAGCCGCUUAGACGGCAACUGUUUGGUAUUAGAGCUUCGUUGAUUCCGAGUGUUUCUAUUACAAAUGUUUUUGGACAGGAAGCAUCAACUUUAUAUGAAGAUAUAAUGGAUCCAUCAUCUUUUACAACUUUACAAUUCUUGGAAACACCAGUGCCAGGUACAGAAGAACAUGAUCAAAAAAUUUUGGAAAAAACAAAGCAGACAGAAGCGUUACGAAAAAUUUAUACAAGUGAACAGUUUCAACAUAAAGCACUCGGAGAAGCCGUAAGAGAGAGUCUGAAACGUAUAAUUCAAGAUUUAAAAGAAGAUGAUUGGAUGUUUGAAGCAGAAGAAACGAAUCCUGUUCCACUUUAAUCACUCGGCGUUCACGUGAUCAAGUGUUUCAUGAAGAAUCUCUGGAAGUUCGCCAGGAGAUUCAGGCUCAUUGCUAAAUAGCUGACUCAUGAGAUCGCUCCAGAUACUUUUUGAUGAAUGUUGUGCCGGAAUAUUGAAAUAAAGAUUACCUAUUUUCUCAAGGGACUAAUUUUUUAAUUAAAAGAAAACAGAAAAUAUAGCGACUUACGGGUUGCCAAGAAGGCGCUUCCUUCAAAAUAUCUGCAUAAUGUGUUUUUAAUGUAUGAAAUAAAUCAACGGCACCUCUUUGGCAUGUUAAAAUGAGAAAACAUAGAAAAUUCAUCAAUGGUAAUGAUGGAAACAAAAUAACAUCAGCAACAGAUGAUGAUAAAGCAUGCGUCAUAACUUUUCUCUCUUCGACUAAAUAAUCAACUAUUCCACGGUAACCUCGAAUAGCGCAAGCAAUGUUAUGGAGUAUGAGAUAAGGAAACACGAUUCGCGAUGCAUAAAAAGGAGCCAUAUAAAGAUUAUCUUCACAAAAAUAAUCGCAAAGAAGAUUUAAUAAGGGUUUUACACUUUCAUUCGUUCCAAGCACUAAAUGUUUUUCUGCUUCAAAAAGAUUUCCCUCUUGUGCUAAAAGAACACCUAUAUUAUGGUGAAGAUCCGCAUCUCCUACAGGAGUUUCCCCCCAUUUACUAGACCAUCUUGGACAAAUAUUUAGCUUAUAUAUAACAUACUUGCAGAACAUACGCCAAUAUUUCAUUAAUAAAUCGUUUUCUUGUAGGUUCUGAAGAUCCAUAUAAAUAUAAAAUAUCAAGAAGUCGAGCUAAGAUUAUUCAAUUUAUUAUUUCAAUGCAAAUCGUUUAAAACACAUUUACUAGUUGUAUUUGGCCUUAAUUCCAUAAUAUUAUAAAUUUUAAUCAUAUAUAGCGC